CUUAGCGUUAUCAUAAGGAAAAGAAGUAUUUUUAAGGCAGUUUUAUUACACUUUAAAAAGUAAUUCCACUGACACAUUUACCUUUCAUGUGAGUGUCAGAGGACAUCAAACAUUUUCUCCAAUUCAUAAUUUUCAUAGUGUAUCUGGUAAAGACAUUUCUCCUUUUGUGAGUUUUAAUUAUUUUCCACAAUGCCCCCAACACUGCAUUGAUUUUCUUGGAAUGAAUGAUUUGAGUGUACAGCAGAUGUUUCCAAAGAACAAGGUGUGAACUUGUUUGUGAGGUCUGGGUAUGCUUUCUUGCAGGUUACAACCUAAAAGUUACCAGUAUCUUCUGGCCUUUAUAUUUGCCAUUGAAGAGGUAAACAGGAACCCACACCUGUUACCCAAUGUGUCUCUGGGAUUUGAUCUCUACAACGCCAUCCAUAGUGAAUGGAAGACCCUGGAGAGCACCCUGACCUGGUUGUCUGCUGUGGGCAAGGCCAUUCCUAAUUACACCUGUGUGAGGAAGAGCAAGUCUGUGGCAGUCAUUACAGGAAACACAGGCGCAAUUUCAGCACAGAUAGGGACACUGUUGGAACUCUACAAAUUCCCUCAGCUCACCUAUGGUCCUUUUGAUCAAAUUCUGGGAGAAAAUCAUCAGUUUACCUACCAGAUGGCUCCCAGGGAAUCCUCUCUGGCCCUGGGCAUGGUGUCCUUGAUGCUGCAUUUCCACUGGACCUGGGUGGGGUUGGUCAUCUCUGAGGACACCAGGGGCAUUCAAUUCCUGUGGGAUAUAAGAGAUGCAAUGAACAAGUACGAGGUCUGUGAGGCCUUUCUGGAAAUGCUCUUUGUCACAGACAGGACAUAUGCACCACUUGAGUGGCACUACCACUUUAGAAUCCUGGAAUCAACUGCAAACGUGGUGGUCAUUUAUGGUGACAUGAACUCAUUAAUGGGCCUGAGCUUCUCAAAAUAUGGGCUCCUUGUGACUUGGAAAGUGUGGAUCACGACAUCACAAUGGGAUUUCAUCCCCAGUGAGAUGGAGUUCAUGAUGGACACAUUCCAUGGGACUUUGAGUUUUUCACACUCCCACGAAGAAAUCCCUGGUUUCAAGCAUUUUCUCAAAACAGUGAAUCCAUCUAAGUACCCAGAAGACUUUUACCUCACUAAAUUUUGGUUUAUCUAUUUCCUCUGCUCAAUUUCAAUGUCCAACUGUGAGACUUUGCAGGGCUGUCCCGCGAAUGCCUCUCUGGAGAAUCUGCCAGUGCACGUUUUUGACAUGAGCAUGUCUGAAGGGAGUUACCACAUCUACAAUGCCGUGUAUGCCGUGGCCCACACCCUUCAUGAAAUGCUUCUUCAGUGGGUAGAGUUGCAGCUAGUGUGGAAUGGAGAUGGGUUGACGAUGUAUCCCUGGCAGCUUAACUCCUUUCUGAAGAACAUCAAAUUUAACAACAGUGUUGGUGAUGAAGUGAAUCUGGAUCAGGAACAAGUUCCUAGGAAAGACUAUGACAUUCUCAACUACUGGAAUUUCCCUCAAGGCCUUCAACUCCAGGUGAAGGUUGGAAAGUUUUCACCACGGGCUCCUCAUGGUCACCGUCUUUCCAUAUCUGAGGAGAUGAUAGAGUGGAAUGUGGAGUUUAAAGAGAAUCCCCGCUCUGUGUGCAGUGAGAGCUGUGGCCCAGGAUUCAGGAAAACCCACCAGGAGGGACAGGCUGCCUGUUGCUUUGACUGCACCCCAUGUCCAGAGAAUGAGAUUUCUAAUGAGACAGAUGUGGAGCAGUGUGUGCGCUGUCUAGACGACCAGUACCCAAAUCCUGCACGAGAUCGGUGCCUGCCCAAGGUCAUGGUGUUCCUGGCCUAUGAAGACCCGUUAGGAGCAGCACUGGCCGGGCUGGCUCUUUGCCUCUCUGUGCUCACUGCUCUGGUACUUGGGGUGUUUGUGAAGCACAGAAACACUCCCCUAGUCAAGGCCAAUAACCGCAACCUCAGCUACACCCUGCUCGCCUCCCUGUGUCUGUGCUUCCUCUGCUCCCUGCUUUUCCUUGGCCGUCCCAACACAGCCACCUGCAUCCUCCAGCAGACCACAUUUGCCAUCGUGUUCACAGUGGCUGUGUCCACCAUCUUGGCUAAAACCAUCACCGUGGUCCUGGCUUUCAAGGCCACAGCACCGGGGAAGAGGAUGAGGCAGUGGUUGGUGUCAGGCGCACCCAACUCUGUCAUUCCCAUCUGCUCCCUCCUCCAAGUGAUGCUCUGUGGAAUCUGGCUGGGAACGUGUCCUCCCUUCAUUGACACAGACACACAUGCUGAGCCUCAGCGGCUCCUGGUCCUGUGCAACAAGGGCUCUGCCACUCUCUUCUACCUCGUGCUGGGAUACCUGGGGUCCCUGGCCCUGGGCAGCUUCUCAGUGGCUUUCUUGGCCAGGAGUCUGCCUGAUACGUUCAAUGAAACCAAAUACUUGACAUUCAGCAUGCUGGUGUUCUGCAGUGUGUGGGUGACCUUCAUUCCUGUGUAUAAUAGCACCAAGGGGAAGGUCAUGGUGGCUGUGGAGGUCUUCUCCAUCUUGGCCUCCAGUGCAGGACUCCUGGGCUGCAUCUUUGCCCCCAAGUGCUACAUCCUUCUGGUGCGGCCGAACAGGAACGUUUUACAAGGAAUAAAGGAGAAAGCAAGGUGUAGUUAAUGCAGUCUGUGCAUU